CCAUCUGAAGCUAAAUUUUUCAACAAGCCACUUGAGAACUACCAUUACAUGGCUGUCAUAUUUGGGAAUCAUCAAGCAACUGGACUAUUUGCAAAAUGCACCAGUGAUCCCCUAGGUUUCGACACAUCUGAAAGUGCAGGUACAUAUGGUGUGGGUUAUUCUGGAGACUUGGCUGGUCAUGAGAGUAACAAUGCAAGUCCAACUCGUGAUAGUGGAGAAUCAUUGAACCCAAGUGGUCCAAUUCGUGAUGGUGGAGACUCAUCUACUCGAAGUGGUGCAAGAAGGAAGAGAGGGCGCAUGAUGAUGGAAGAUGAGGAUCCAUUGAUAUGCACUGUCACUGAAGCUUUUAAGACUCUUUCAGAUGCAAUCAAGCAGUCAGCACCACAACCACGUCCGAUAAUCCCACCCAACCUAUGGACUAUGAUGAAACAGAUUCCUGUUUUUGAAAGAGAACAUAUAGCACACUACUAUGGCUACUUGUGUGAGAAUCCAGCCCUUGCUUAUGCCUUUCUAGAGAUGGGACUAGAUGAUCAAAUGGUAUGGGUGUCUAGGUACAUCAAGACUCAUCUUUCUGAUUGAUGCAUCAAAAAAGCAGAUUAGCCUAAAACUUGUGUCUGAAACUUUUUAGUUAUUUCUAUGAUGG